UCCCGGGGCGGCUCUGUCCCCUCGGUGUCCCCUAUAGAUGGCUGUUCCCGGGGCGGCUAUGUCCCCUCGGUGUCCCCUAUAGACGGCUGUUCCUGGGGCGGCUAUGUCCCCUCAGUGGGCGGCUCUGUCCCCUCGAUGUCCCCUCGGUGGGCGGCUCUCGCUCCCUCCAUCCCUCUCUCCGCCCUCCCCGGUCAGUCUGCGCUCAGUGGCCGCUCCAUGCUGCUCUCUCCCCGGCUGCACUUGGCUUGUCAGCCCGCUCCGGGGAGCUCCGCGUCCUCUCCGGCUGCUCCUGCAUGAUGCUCCCCGGCCCCCGGCUGCUGCUCCGGGCUGUGCUGCUCCUGGGCACCGCCCGCUGCUCCUCUGCGGCUCCGGACACUGGACGGUCCACCCCGGGGACGCCCGGACACCCGCACAUGAGUCUGCCCGCGGGGAGCCGCCCGCACAGAUGGGGAGCAGCGCCCAGCCCCGCACCCCCGGGGAAGGAAGGGUUAAUGGCGGGGGGUUACAGGACCCGAGCUGCAGAACUUUCUCCAGAGAUCCAGAACCGAACCCCGAGAGAACCCAACAGAACUGGGACUGACCCUCCAUCAGAACCCAACAGAACUGGGACUGACCCUCCAUCAGAACCCAACAGAACUGGGACUGACCCUCCAUCAGAACCCAACAGAACUGGGACUGACCCUCCAUCAGAACCCAACAGAACUGGGACUGAUCCUCCAUCAGAACCCAACCGAACUGGGGCUGAUUUAACAUCAGAACUCAACAGAACUGGGACUUACCCUCCAUCAGAACCCAACAGAACUGGGACUGAUCCAACAUCAGAACCCAACAGAACUGGGACUUACCCUCCAUCAGAACCCAACAGAACUGGGACUGAUCCAACAUCAGAACCCACCAGAACUGGGACUGAUCCAACAUCAGAACCCACCAGAACUGGGACUGAUCCAACAUCAGAACCCACCAGAACUGGGACUGAUCCAACAUCAGAACCAAACAGAACUGGGACUGGUCCAACAUCAGAACCCAACAGAACUGGGACUGAUCCAACAUCAGAACCCAACAGAACUGGGACUGAUCCAACAUCAGAACCCAACAGAACUGGGACUGAUCCAACAUCAGAACCCAACAGAACUGGGACUAAACCUCCAUCAGAACCCAACAGAAUUCGGACUGACCCAUCAGAACCCAACAGAACUGGGACUGAUCCAACAUCAGAACCCAACAGCACUGUGACUAAUCCAUCAGAACCCAACAGAACUGCCAGUCCAUCACUCAGCACUGAUAUAGGAAAGACCCAGACAUUUGCAGGAUCGGGUCAAACAGGAAAUCUCCUGGGACCUCACAUAUAUUAUAGAUCAGAACCGAACUGGACCGAUAUUUCCCAGACAAGUUCAGAUUCUGGAAUCAGCCAGAAAUCAACGUCCCAGCGACAUGUGAACAAGAGGACACCGGUGGGGGACACGACGUACAUCUCCACCACCCGAGGAGGGGACAGAACCCUCUUAUUCGUCACCAGCAAUGUGUCCGACAUCACCGAGAUUCCCGACGUGUAUCCAACAAGCCGCGGGAACGCGAGCCAGGAAUCGACGACCGCAGCGCAGGGAGAGGAGCGCUCCACAGAGGUCAGGAACGUGUCCUCCCAGGCUGCUCCCUCAGCGUCCAGCACGUACCCUCUACAGACCCCGUCAUAUGUGGUGACCAUGCACCCAUCCCCCAUGUCCCACCACAUGCCCAACACCACAUUCCCAUUCAUCAGUGUCUCCAUCACUGAGGCCGACAGAAGGAACAGCAGCCUGAAGACCACAGGGGUCACCCCUAGAAACUCCUCCGUCGAUCUGUGGUCGUCGCCCGCUGACUUGUCCAGCGUUGGGACUUCAUCUUCUGCAUUGACCACCACUAGCAUGGCGGCUUCUUCAUCCUUUCCUGGAGAACGGUCCCAGCAGCCACCAUCGCAGGUCUCCUACUCAUCCCCCAUCCCCUCCACAGCUCGCUCCUCGGCCUCACCGUCUCUGACCACCCAUAGUCCUCACCCAUUGACCUCCAUGUCCUCCACCCCUGGCUCCCCUAUAUGGUCCACAUCACUGCCGCCAUCUCUCACCACAGAAUCCUCUCCAGGAGAUGGAGCAGAGAAGAAUCAGACCCUCACACCCUCCAUAUCACCCACUGACGCCAAUACAUCAAUGGCCGCCAGUCCUGGGACCCCCUCAGUGGUCACUGAGAGGAGACUACAUGAUGAGACAACGCCAAUGUCACGAGACAUCACCCCAACACUGAGACCACUGAAUAUGCAAACUACAGCCAUAACCACAGAGGGGACACAGAGGGCCACAGUGGGAACGUGGCAUGUUGGGACCACAGAUAGCGCUCUUUCUACUACAAACACUAACAUCCCGCUGACAACACCUCCAACUGAUACUGUGAGUACAACGGGGCCUGGAAGCUCUGCACCCACCACCGCUGGCUGGGAGCUGUUGACCAGGAGGACCACCCAAACCGCCCUCAACACUGAGGCAACAAGACCGCACACCACAGUCAGCACCAAGCCCAAAAAGCCCCCUCCUGUCCCGACCCCUCCUAGCACGACACCGGCUGUGAGGUCCGCAGUCACCGGGACUCCUUCCACCACGACCCGUCUGAGGGCGACUGCCACCACUGCAGCCAGUCCCUGCUCCUCCAGUCCUUGCCAGAACGGGGGUCUCUGUGUGGAAAGUGGGGGCUCAAAAAGCUACAGAUGUGAUUGUCCAUCGUCCUGGAGUGGAGAUCUCUGCAACACAGAUGUGGAUGAAUGCCUCUCCAGCCCCUGCCCAGCGCCGAGCACCUGCCUCAAUUCCAGGGGCUCCUUCAGCUGCCAGUGUCCCCUGGGGUUCCUCCUGCAGAAGGGCGCAGGCUGCGUUCUCGUGCGGACAUUUCUCGGACAAAUUGAGAUUCCCUGGAGCCUCCUGGACAGCGACGGCGUGAAAGACAGCACCCUGCACGAAAUCAAGGAGGACAUAGUGCGCAUCCUGAAUUCCUCUUUCUCCGCUAUUUCCGGUUAUUACCAGUCCUCGGUCACCAGUGACAGUCACACCAGCAGUAAUAGCCUCAUGGUGCAGAAUCUUUUCUCUCUGGAGUCAAACGUGACAAUGUUGGAUCUGUCGCGCAGUCUGCAGAACUAUGCCAAAGUGUGUGAGACGUCCCCAGAGCGCCCCGCGUCCUGCCAGCUGGUACUGCACCUUCAGCAUCGUAUACAUGCCCUCAGUCUGUGUCAUGUGAGGGACCCCGGGUGUGACAAUGAGACGGCCGUUUGCGCCGAUCCCGCUGGUUUAGCGUUUUGUCAGUGUAAGCCGGGAUUCUUCAAAUACAGCAAAACGGAUCAUUCGUGUAGAGCCUGUGACGACGGCUACAAACUGGAAAAUGGAGCCUGUGUAAGGUGUCCAUUUGGCCUCGGAGGAUUUAACUGCUCAAACCCGUACCAGCUCAUCACCGUGAUCAUAGCGGCUGGCGGCGGCGGACUCCUCCUCAUCCUGGUCGUUGCGCUGGCAUUCACUUGUUGCAGGAAGAGCAAACAUGACAUCAGUAAACUGAUCUUCAAGAGCGGAGAUUUCCAGAUGUCUCCUUAUGCUGAAUAUCCGAAAACGCAGCGGUCAUCAGAAUGGGGGCGAGAGACGAUUGAGAUGCAAGAGAACGGCAGCACCAAGAACCUGCUGCAGAUGACGGACGUCUACUACUCACCCGCACUGAGGACCUCGGAGCUGGAGAGGAAUGGCCUCUACCCGCCGUACAGCGGCCUGCCGGGCUCCCGCCACUCGUGUAUCUACCCCGGACAAUACAACCCAUCAUUCAUCAAUGAGGAGAACCGGAGGAGGGACUACUUCUAGUGUGGAGUGGAGGAUCGCAGUGUGCACAGCCCCCAACACCCCGCUGUCACCGCCGCCAUCUUGCCCGGCCCCUUAUGUAACGCAGCAGCGGAUAAUUGUGGGGGAGGGAGAACACCAGGACCCCAAAUCAAAUAUGGCGGCCGUCGUGAUAGGCGCACUCGGUUAGCUGGGCUGCGCCAUUCUCUGUGUCUUCUGUGAAACCGCUGCUAAGAGGCACAGAAAAUGGCCGCCUCACAUCCUGCGAUCAAUUAUAGCGAUAAUUUAUUGACUGUGGACAGUUGUGUGAGAAGAACGUGACAGAGGGCGCCAUGACGCCACCGCCAGAAAUACGGAGGAGAAUGACCCCCUGCUGAUUAUAGGUAGAGAAUCUGAAGGGUCUGUACAGGGAGUCUCAUCAUCCCUCAGUGCAGCAAUACAAUAUGGCGGCAGAAAGACGGAACCGCGCAGGAGAGGCUCGGAGUUCGUCUCAUCCGUAGAGUGAACGCUGGCGGCGGGGCGGGCACCACGGACCCUCCAUUCUCCAUAGGUGGGGCCUCAUUUGCACUUUACACUGGAGCUAUUUUGUAGUAGAAACAUCUCAGCAUUUUCACUCUGUUCCAAGAUCCGCACGUCCUGCGCCAGAGGCCGGCGGCCAUUAUACCGGAGACACGCUGGACGCCGCCUCUUGUAUCCGCUCGUCUUGUGUAGGAGCUGAAAUACAUAAAGGUCACCCCCACUACUGAGUGUCAGAUGGAAUCUCCCUCCAUGAGCAUCUAUCCCAUAGUGAGCCUGUGUUGUAGCAUCUCCUGUACUCCAGUCACAUCCAGAGCUGCAAGCCGCAUUCUUAUGGUAAAGCAUCUUAGGGCUCAUUCAGACAGCAUGGACGUACUGUAUCUUCUGCAUCACAGUCAGGGCACUAAAAUAGCCUUAUACUCCAGUCACCUCUAAAGCUGCGUCUACAUUCCUUUUGUUUAACCAUGUGUUAUUUUCAGGUCACAUCCGAGCUGCAUUUGCUAUUCCUCUGUUACUCCAUACAUUACACUCUCUUCUCAAGCAGCAGUAGAUCCGUGGGCGUCCAGAUAACGGAAAUGACUGCGUCUGAAUGAGGCCUAAACCAGCAAAAUAUGAGUUCUAGAAGGAGAGCAGUAUGAUUAUGAACGCAGCUCUGGAUGUGACUGGUGUACAAUACAUGAUAUAGCACCAUUAUUGUGGAUGCAGCUUUGAAUACAAGAUGUAACAGCGUUGUCAAUGCAGCUCUGGAUGUGACUGGGGUAUGAUGCAAGCUGUAACCUCAUUGUAAAUGCAGCUCUGGAUGUGACUGGGGUAUGAUGCAAGCUGUAACCUCAUUGUAAAUGCAGCUCUGGAUGUGACUGGGGUAUGAUGCAAGCUGUAACCUCAUUGUGAAUGCAGCUGUGGAUGUGAGUGGAGCAUAAUACAUCUAUGAAGCUGAUGUGUCCUGUGGACUUGCGCUGACAUCCGGAGCGGCGCUCACCUGUCAGAUGUAUGGAUCUGGGCGGUUGUGUAGACGUGACCCUCCUGAUCUGUGGUUUGUGCUGUACAAUUAUUAGGGGUCCCGGGCCCCUGGAAUGGGGAGAGGGGCUAUUUAAUAUGACAUUUUAUCACAUGAUCUGUGCCGCCUGCGAAGUCGCUAAUAACGUUGCUGGUAUUUUUACCGUAUGCUGUAUGUAUCCUACCAGCAGCCGCAUAGUAUCCGGCGCCGCCAUGAUAAGGUCAGCUGACCUCUGUCCCCACAUCUGUGAAUAUUAGAGACACUGUAGAAGCCCCGCCCACGGCGCCGCUAUCUGAGUGAAGUGCUUGUUUGUCAGUUUGUAGAUACUUUUCUACCGUGUGAUGGCGUCUGGCGUUCUAGUCAGCCGCAGGACCAUUAAUAAACACGUUUGUUACAAUG